AUGGAGUGCGGGAGGGGUGAGCCCCGCAGGCCCGCGUGCCAGGCGCUCACUGCGGGAGGGUAUUGGCGGCUCCGCCAGGCCCGCUCCAGCUGCCUCCUUCCUCUGCAGUACAUCUUCGCAGACGCGUACGCCCAGUACCUCUGGAUCACGUUCGACUUCUGCAACACCAUCCGAGGCUUUUCCAUCCCGUUCCGGGCAGCCGAUCUCCUCCUGCACCCCAAGGCCUCCGACCUCCUCCUGGGCUUCGACAGGUCUCACCCCAACAAGCAGCUGUGGAAGUCGGACGAUUUUGGCCAGACCUGGAUCCUGAUUCAGGAGCAUGUGAAGUCCUUUUCUUGGGGGAUUGAUCCCUACGACAAGCCAAACACCAUCUACGUGGAAAGGCACGAGCCCUCCGGGUACUCCACAGUUUUCCGAAGCACAGACUUCUUCCAGUCCCGGGAGAACCAGGAAGUGAUCCUGGAGGCAGUGAGAGACUUCCAGCUUCGGGACAAGUACAUGUUUGCCACCAAGGUGGUGCACCUCCCGGGCAGCCAGCAGCUGCCGUCCGUGCAGCUCUGGGUCUCCUUUGGCCGGAAGCCCAUGCGAGCAGCCCAGUUUGUCACCAGACAUCCCAUUAAUGAGUAUUACGUCGCAGAUGCCUCUGAGGACCAGGUGUUUGUGUGUGUCAGUCACAGUGACAACCGCACUGACUUGUACAUCUCGGAGGCGGAGGGGCUGCGGUUUUCCCUGUCCCUGGAGAACGUGCUCUACUACAGCCCGGCUGGGGCCGGCAGUGACACGCUGGUCAGGUACUUUGCGAGUGAGCCAUUUGCUGACUUCCACCGCGUGGAAGGGCUGCAGGGCGUCUACAUCGCCACCCUGGUGAAUGGCUCCCUGAAGGAGGAGAACAUGAGAUCAGUCAUCACCUUUGACAAAGGGGGCACCUGGGAGUUUCUCCAGGCCCCGGCUGUCACGGGAUAUGGAGAAAAAAUCGAUUGCGAGCUGUCCCAGGGCUGUUCCCUGCACCUGGCCCAGCGGCUCAGCCAGCUGCUCAGCCUCCAGCUGCGGAGGAUGCCCAUCCUGUCCAAGGAGUCGGCUCCUGGUCUCAUUAUUGCCACCGGUUCAGUGGGAAAGAACUUGGCCAGCAAGAUGAGCGUGUAUGUCUCCAGCAGUGCGGGCGCCCGGUGGCGAGAGGCGCUGCCCGGCCCUCACUACUACACCUGGGGAGACCACGGCGGCAUCCUCGUGGCCAGCCAGGGCAUGGAGACCAAUGAGCUGAAAUACAGCACCAACGAGGGGGAGACCUGGCAGACCUCCGUCUUCUCCAGGAAGCCCGUGUUCGUGUACGGGCUCCUCACGGAGCCCGGUGAGAAGAGCACCGUCUUCACCAUCUUUGGCUCCGACACAGAGAAUGUGCACAGCUGGCUGAUCCUCCAGGUCAACGCCACCGACGCCCUGGGGGUCCCCUGCACAGAGAACGACUACAAGCUGUGGUCCCCGUCAGACGAGAGGGGCAGCCAGUGCCUGCUGGGCCACAAGACGGUCUUCAAGCGCCGGACGCCUCACGCCACGUGCUUCAACGGCGAAGACUUCGACAGGCCCGUGGUGGUGGCCAACUGCUCCUGCACCCGCGCGGACUACGAAUGUGACUUCGGCUUCAAGAUGAGUGAAGACCUGUUGCUAGAGGUUUGCGUGCCGGAUCCUGAGUUCUCUGAGAAGUCCUAUUCCCCUCCUGUGCCCUGCCCUGCGGGUUCCACUUACAGGAGAACGAGAGGCUAUCGGAAGAUUUCCGGGGACACGUGCAGUGGAGGAGAUGUCGAAGCGCGACUGGAGGGAGAGCUGGUCCCGUGCCCCGUGGCAGGUAAGGGGCAGGGCUUCCCUUCGGCUUCUUGAGCCGUUGUUGGAAUGUGGUGAUGACCCCACAGCCUGU